AUGAGCCUCGACACUAUCUUGAGCAUUAGCACGUCCAUCGUACAGAUGGCUCAAAAUGUGAAGGCCAAUAAAGACCGCUGUCUUCGAGUUGCAAGGAGGGUCAAAGCCCUGGAACAACUGGUGAUGGCCAUCAAAAACAAGGGCCCAGGAUUCGGUUCCAUGACCGUGAACAACGCUCUGGUGGAUCUCUGCAUCACCCUGGAAGACGCCAAGAAGAUCAUGGAAAAAUAUUCGAAAAUCAAGGGUAUGAUGGGCUUCCUGAAGUCCAGCAGCAUUGAGGACAAGUUCUCCGGUGUAAACGAGAGACUCAGCGAUAGCUUCCAGAUCUUAUCUGGAGCUUUGCAGAUUGAACAAAACCACAAGCUGUGCAGACUGUUUGAUCCUGUUUCGGAGGAGAGCAUUUAUGAAAAUGAAGACGACGGAUGGUUACAACCAACGGCUCAAAUGUCCCCCUACCCCCAAUUGUCCAGUCUAAGAGGAUCCACGCUGCCUCCCACACCAAUGUCCAGCCCAACACCUCAAAUGUCCCCAUACCCGCAAGUGUCCAGCCCAAUAUCUCAAAUGCCACCAUACCCCCAAGUGUCCAGCCCAACACCUCAAAUGUCCCCCUACUCUCCAGGGUCCAACCCAACACCUCAAAUGUCACCAUACCCCCAAGUGUCCAGCCCAGUACCUCAAAUGUCCCCCUACUCUCCAGUGUCCAGCCCAACAACUCAAAUGUCCCCAUACCCACCAGGGUCCAGCCCAACAACUCAAAUG